GUCAGGCGGGAACAGUGAACAGGGGUGCGUGUGUGGGAGUUUGAUGUAUUAUUCCCGCCAAGGAGCUGUCAACAAUUGGCCAAGAUUGGGAUAACUAAGAUAAAUCGAAGUUUUUUUACUGUAAAUUACUGUUUUAUAAGUUUGUUUAUUGUAAUUAUUCAUUUAUUUGUAACUAUACUUUAUGCAAAAUGUCGAAACAAGAAGAUAGCGAAGAAAACUGGAUUUCAGCAAUGGACAACUUAUGUUCGAAAUUAAACGUAGACCCAGUGGCUGCGAAAAAAUCAAAAGAAUCGUUUUCAGAAAUUAAACAAAAUUAUACAUUGGACGGUGAUAUUUUGCACUGGAUUGCUUGUGCUUUAUACGUAGCGUGUCGUACAUCCAUUACCCCUACAGUCCAGACAGGAAAAGCAGUGGAAGGGAACUGUGUUAGCCUUACGAGACUGUUGAGGCUUUGUAACAUAAGUCUUAUACAAUUUUUCAAUAAAAUCAAAAACUGGAUGGAAAUGGCUGCUAUGUCAACAGAUUUUAAAGAUAGAAUAACAAGACUUGAACACAAAUUUGCCGUAUCUACUGUACUUUUUCGUAAAUUUCAACCAAUUUUCCAAGAGAUUUUCUCUGGAUUGACCAAUGAGCCUGUUAAACCUAAUACUAAAAGUAAAAAACAAAAACUACAACCAUGUACGACAAAUGCAUUAUUUGAAUUCACAUGGUGUAUGUAUGUAUGUGUGAAGGGAGAAUUUCACAACUCAGCUGAUGAUCUCGUUGAUAUGUAUCAUGUACUGCUGUCGUGUCUCGACUAUGUUUUUGCCAAUGCAUUCAUGGGUAGAAGAAUGGACUUAAUUAAUCCAGCUUUCAAAGGUCUACCAGCAGAUUGGAUGAAAGACGAUUUUGAGUUGCCAAAGAAGCCACCAUGUAUCAUAUCAGUUCUGUGUGAGAUCAAGGAAGGUUUAGCAGUUGAGGCUGCUACUAUGAAGGAAUACAGUUGGAGACCAGUCAUUAAAACUUUCUUUGAAAAAGGGAUUUUAAAAGGCAAUAGCGAAGAUCUCACUGGUUUACUGGAUGUAGGAAACUUUGAUGUUAACGUUAAGUCACUGAAUAACCUCUAUGAAACAUAUGUACUCAGUGUAGGCGAAUUCGACGAAAGAAUAUUUUUAGGGGAACAUGCCAACGAACAGAUCGGAACAAAAAAUAAAGUUUCUGGAGAUGAAAUAUCACAAGUGAUCGCUUCUUUUGGACCGAGCGCGCGUGCGUGCCCCGACACGCCGCUGACGGGCCGGAACUACCUGGCGCGGCGCGAGGAGCGCACGCCGGUGUCGGAGGCCACCAACAGCGUGGCGCGCCUGGCCGCGCUGCUGCGCUCGGCGCGCCCCAAGCCCUCGCCGCACCUGCUGCGCUUCUUCGCUGAUUGUGGUGUAAGUGAAGAAGUAAUAAACUCUAAAGUAGUCGAACCUUGUAACGCAUGGAUGGAACAAUUUUCAAAUAAUCUUAGAGAGAUCAACUGCAGUAACGAAACAAUAGCCUUUAGAUGCAACAUGGUUACGUGUUUAUAUUAUAAAGUAUUAGAACAUAUUAUAAGAGAAGAACACAGAAAAAAGCCGCAAUUAUCUUUACAUGUCCUCCUAUCACAAGAAACGUACCAGCUGACAGUAUACGCAUGUUGUACAGAAGUUGUGUUACAUGCAUAUGGAGUCCAUUCACUACGAUUUCCACGAGUCUUGCAAAUAUAUGGUCUGAGUGCCUUUCACUUUUACAAAAUUAUUGAAUUGGUCGUGCAAGCUGUUGUGGAAAAGCUCAGUAGAGAUGUUAUUAAGCAUCUUAAUGCGGUAGAAGAACAAGUCUUAGAAUCUCUAGUGUGGACGUCAGAUAGUCCACUGUGGGACCAACUUGCCAAAACACCUGUGCCAGCAUCCACCGAAGUUUAUGUACAAGAUUCGCCCAACGGCCGCAGAAAUAUCACAGUUAUAGAUCGCUUCCUAACGCCGAUGGCUGACCAAGCAAAGAAACAAUUGUUCAAAGAUAAUAUUAAACCGGGUCAGUCACUUUUAGUUCAAGCCAACAAUAAUAUAAAAGAAGAAUCUUCAGAUCCCCAGUCACCUCCAAGCACGUCGACUCUAUCAAGUACUGAAAACACUCCAAAUACAACUCCGAAAAAAGCCAAUAACUCAUUAAUGCUUUUCUUUAGAAAGUUCUACAGCCUGGCGGUGGUGCGCAUGAACGAUCUAUGCACGCGGCUGCGACUGACGGACGAGGAGCUGAAGCGCAAGAUCUGGACGUGCCUGGAGCACUCCGUCAUGCACCAGACGCAGCUCAUGCGCGACCGCCACCUCGACCAGGUGCUCAUGUGCGCCGUCUACGUCAUCUGCAAGGUUUCACAUAAUCCAAACAAUCAAGUGGAGAGAACGUUCGCUGACAUCAUGCGUUGUUACCGACAGAGGCCACUCGCCGAUAAUCAUGUGUAUAGAUCUGUUUUAAUCAAUAAGGGAAACGGAGAAGAAUCACCUGAGAGAGGAGACCUUAUUAAUUUCUACAAUAAAGUUUAUGUAAAGUGUAUGCAGAGUUUUGCAUUGAGAUUCACUGGAAGACAUGAGUGCAGUCUGUCGCCACUACCGGCGGGCCGCGCUCGUGCUGGACGUUGGUCACCAGGUUGUCAGCGUGUGUCAGAACGCCACCAGCUGUAUGUGAAGCCACUCACCACACCACCAAACCACCACCACCUGCUCACAUACCAGUUUAGCCGCAGCCCUGCCAAGGACCUGCAAGCGAUCAACACGAUGGUGUCGUGCGAAGUGGGCGGAGUGGGUGGAGUUGGGGUGAAGCGCAGCGCGGAGGGCGGCGACGUGGUGAAGCGUGCGCGGUUCGCGGCGCCCGGCGUGGCGCGCAAGCUGCAGGGGCUCGUCAGCGACCGCCAGGCCGUGUGA